AUGAUAUCUCCUUACCCUGACCCAAUGGAAGAUUUAAGGUCAAACUUGCUCUCUGAUUCUCAAGAAGAUCUGCAUCGUGCAUUUGCUGAUUGCAGUGUAAGAAGCACUCCUUCGCAUUCUCGGUUUCCUCAUUAUAUUUAUGGAACCUCUGAUAUUGUUCGAUGUCCCCACUGCUCACAAGAAAACAUUCCAAAUAAAUUUUUUCAGCCUAAUUCUCUAUCAUGAAAUAUCUGUGGAAGUAUCUGCUUGGUUGGCUGCUGGUUUGGACUUUGUUUACUCCCUAUAUGUGAUUCUAACUUCCAAGAGGCCACAAUUUAUUGUUCACUAUGCAAUAAAAUCGUAGCAAGAAGAGUUCAGUAA